CCUGUUCCCCUCAGAGCGCGGCCAUGGCGUACGGCGGCCUGGCGGUGCCCAUCAUCGUCAUGAGCGUGUUCUGGGGGGUGGUCGGCGGCGUCCUGCCCUGGCUCGUACCCAAGGGGCCGAACCGCGGAGUUAUCAACACCAUGCUGGUGACCUGUGCUGUCUGCUGCUACCUGUUUUGGCUGAUUGCAAUUCUGGCUCAGCUCAACCCUCUCUUUGGGCCUCAGUUAAGCAAUGAAACAAUCUGGUACCUGAGAUACCACUGGCCUUGAGGAUGUCUGUGCUGUGCUGCAGCUCAUUGACAGGUGCAGAAGAGAUGAAACCUGCAGUGACCCAAAGGUGCCCUUUCUGUAGCUGUUGGACACGAAGCCUGCAGUAAUGCCUUAACCUUUCUAAUGUUCUUCAAGUGGCUUCUUCAAAGUCCUGUGGUUUUCCUACUAUUCCAUUUAACAGAGUGCCUAAUGCAAUUUAUACUCCUCUUUGGUACUGUCAGUUUUUGACUGUUAACUCCAGAUGUGAUGAAAAUUUCUGUUUUUUACGGGUCAUGGAAUCACAUUUCCUGUUGACUUUAUCUGUAAUAACUCUUUAUAUUUACAGGUCUUAUCUUGUCUGUCAUUGUGCUGUUCACCCCUGUUCUGUUUGCACUGGGCAAAAAUGUGUGCAAUAAACUGUGUGAGGAGAGGACAAGCAGUGGUACCAUGUGCUGAUGGUGAUUUUUAUUUUUUCCAAAUUAAUUGUAUUCUUGAGAAAUCUGGCCUUAAAUUUCUCAUGCCUGGAAAUAAAACUAAUCCUCUGCUUGAUACAAAACGUUCUCGUGCCAUGUUUAACUGUUAUUUGUCUGUGGGUUUAAUUGGAUACUUGGAGUUGAGCUGAGGAUGUUUACAUGAUGUGGAUAAAUUGUAAUGAAGUUAAAUAGCAGGAAUAGAUGGGGAAUUGUUGCCUGUAUUGAGACCUCUGGGGUAGAUCUCUAAUAGGAUUAAACUUGCAAUUUAAAAUUGCUGAAAGGUGCAGGAAUAAGUGAAUGCUUGGCUUGAGAGCCUCUUUUCCAGGAACUUCCCAUUGUUUGAGGGGGGCUCAGAGUAGCAAAGGUAACGUGGUUAAUUUGAUGAAGCCUUCACUGUGAUUGUGACUGGAGGCUGAUUUAAUCCCUGGCACAUUUGGAGGAUAUUAUAGGAGCAAAUGGAUUGAAUUGAACAGCAGACAUUCCAGUUGUUUUGUACUGACCUGACCCUUGCAUGUGGAUUGCAGAGCUGGGAAAGCCCAUGGCAAUGUGGGCAAGGGGUUCCUGAGGCUCCUCAGUGUCAGCUGAGUCCCUGGGACUGGGAUGGAUCUGCUCAGUUGGUUCUGAGGAGCAGCUUCCAAGGGUAUAAAUGCUGCUCCCUGGAUGCCUCCUUACCUCAUGUCCAGAUAAAUUACAGUUAUUCCCUUUAUUGUUCUGCACAAGGACAUAAUGGAAUGGUUAAUAUUUUAUUUGCUUUUCCCUCUUGGAUAGCACCAUUAACUGUUCAGUGGGACAGCACUCAUUACUACACAGGAAAUUCCAAGAUCCUGACAUGUAACUUGCAGUGAUCCAAAACUGGACAGUGUGAAUUGCAAAAGAAGGAAGAACGUGCUGGUUAUUACAAAUAAACAUAGCAGCUGUUGGGACUGCAAUAGUGGAUUUUUUUUUUGUCAUGUCACCUUCUAAGAGCUGUAUUUUACCAUGCAAGAUGUUGUACCCCGUCAUGUUACACAGUCUGUACCAAAAAUUACAAGGAAAAUUGAAACCAAGUGAUCAUAUAAAAACUUGAAAUUGUUGUUUGAUUUUUGAAGUGUGUGGAGAAUAAAAUGUGUUGACAUUGUACGAGAGGAGGGAGAGAAAUGCUCCAAGAUAUCGUUGACAGAUUUGAGAUUUUGAAAUAUGUUGAUCUGCUUGUCAUAUUUAGCCUGAAGAGAAAUAUCCCAAGAGAAGCACUCAGUGACAAACAGUGCUGUUUAUUGUGUUACCACUGUCUUUAACAAGCUUUCUAUUUUAGGUUCUAAGCUAUCACUUGCUCUAGAAGAGAGAAGAGGUCCCAUGGGUGUCUCACUGGUGCUGAAUUGAAUGGGAAGAGCUAUUCUAAGCCAGGACAAAGAAGCCAUAGAGCAGUUUUCACCUAGAUGCUUCCCAGAAAGACAUUUCCCUUUUCCAGAGUUAACGUUUCCUCUGAAGCAGAUGCCAGGUGAAGGCAGAUGAAGAAGCGAAGCAGAUGAAGAAGCUAAAGAAUAAUGUUUUGUGUGUUCUGCUGGGUGGUGCAUGGUGGUUGGGGAAUGGUCUGCUCCUUGUGUGCCAGGAAUUAACAUUGCUUGGGAUAAUUUCCUUUUUUUGCAUGACUGCAGGAAGUGAGAACAGAGGGAUUCAGCCGCUGAUGUUGAACAAACAAUGCAGGUACCAGAGCCCUUAUCACACAUCCCUCUGUUGUCUGACAGCAGAAGAGAACACAGAAUGUUCAAGUGUAAAAGAAAGAAGUUUGUGCUUGAAAUGGAAAGCCUGUGCCUGUAUUGAAAGAUAUUUGGGUAAAAAAUGAGGAAGGUGAAGGAAGCUGACUCCACAAUCAAGUUAUGAAGGCUUUUAGGCCAUAAACUCUGCAAUGUACAGAGCAAGAAUUCA